AUGGCGCUAAAGCUCGAUAUGUCAAAAUCAUACGAUAGGAUUGAGUGGCCUUUUGUUGUUGAGGUCUUUUCCUCCAUGGGUCUUCUGAAGAAAGAGAGGUUUGACUCGAGGAUCCAUGGAAUUAAAAUUGCUAGAAGGGCUCCGGUGAUCUCCCACUUAUUAUUCGGGGACGAUAGCUUAAUUUUUGCUCGGGCUAACUCUCAGGAACCAGACAAAAUCCUGGACAUCCUACAGAAGUAUCAAGUUGCCUCUGAACAAAUUGUAAACUUAGACAAAUUUAAACCUUCUUUUAGCCACAACGUCAGUGUUGAUGAGCAAAAUGUGAUUCGAGGAAAGAUGGGAGUUCAGACUGUUUCGAGUUACUUGAAGUACCUUGGCCUACCUGUGGUCUUUGGGAGAUCCAAGAGGGCAGUAUUUGCUCUUGUAAUUGAAAGAGUGUGGAAUAAAAUCAAAGUGUGGAAAGAAAAGUUCCUUUCAAGGGCAGGGAAAGAGGAGUUAAUUAAAGUUGUGGCUCAGGCAAUCCCGAGCUACAUUAUGAGCUGUUACAAACUCCCGGAGAUAAUCUUCCAUGAGAUUGAGGCAAUGAUUAUGAAGUUUUUGUGA